ACGCAUUAGAUUGCAAUUCGUGCUGAAACGAUAUACAGCGAAUAGAGACCACCAAGAACUCGAAGACACAUCGCCAACAUGGUUGACUACUACAAAGUUUUGGACGUGGCGCGAUCCGCCACCGAUAGUGAAGUGAAGAAGGCAUAUCGAAAACUGGCACUGAAAUGGCACCCAGACAAGAAUCCCGACAACCUGGAUGAGGCCAACAAGCGCUUCCGCGAGCUGUCCGAAGCCUACGAAGUUCUUUCCGAUGCACGUAAGCGCAGGAUCUACGAUGCCCGGGCCACGCUGCACAAAUCCUCGAACAGCGGAAGCAGCAGCAGCAACAGCAGCUCCUAUACCCGCUACCGCAGCGGCGGCAGCGGUGGAUCGUCGUCCUAUGGACGUGACUACGACUACGACUACUAUCCGGGCUCGGGGUAUGGGUCUGGUGCCGGGCGGCGUUCCGGCAACCGCUACCAGGCCUUCACGUUCCGCAACAUUUUCGAGGGCACUCCGUUCCACAAGAUGUUCGAGAAAAAGCGCCGCAUAUACGAUGAGUAUGGCAAAGAUGGACUGGGCGAUCGUGGCCAGAGUCGCUCGCAUACCCGCCACCACUACAGCACACACGAUUUCGAUGACUUUGAUAUUAUGGGCGGCUUUCAGUUUGCAUUCCGCCCGCCCGAGGAAGUGUUCCGUGAGUUUUUCGGCAUACACUCGCCCUUCGCCGACUUAUUCCGAGAUGCCAACGGUUAUUCGAAUGUCAGCACGAGCGGCUCGAGUGGCAGUCGACGCAAUGGCGGCAGCAGUGGAUCAUCUCGCCACCAUCAUCAUCACCACCAGCACAAAGUGGCCAGUCCGUUCGGGGCUCCAAUGCUUAACUACUCAAUGAUGGACUUCUUUAUGCCCACCAGCGGCUUCACCUCGUUCUCGUCGAUGACCAACGGCCAUGGCAGCAGCGGUGUCACCCACAUCUCCAGCGGACCCGGUGCCAGUGUCAAGCGCACCUCCACUUCGACGGUGUUUGUGGAUGGCAAGAAGUUGAUGACCAAACGGGUCGUCGAAAACGGCAAGGAAACUGUCUUUUCAUAUGAAAAUGAUGUCCUGAAAUCAAAGACUGUGAUGGGCUCCCUUCAAUAGCUAAUUAAUUAAAUUCACACAUAAUAUAUAUAUAAAUAUCAACAUAAAUCAACAAAGGAAAAGUCAUAAAUGUAAAGCCGAAUGAAUAUUAACUAACAAGCCCAAGAAGAACUCGGAAUUCGUUACCGCUUCGAAAUAUGAUACGUUUAACCACUUUGUUCUACACUACAAUUUAGUUACUUUUAAUGGACCGAACAGCAGCAUAAAUGAAUCAAUCAGCCAGCGAAGGACCAAGCAAAAGUUAAUCAACAGCAGAAACACUACCAGCAGCGAUAUCCACACCAAAAAUAUGGAAAAUGGAACAGGCCAUUGAAUUAAAUCAAAAUUCCCCGUAAUAGCGAAAUAUCGAAAUUUAUUUUUUAAGCAUAAUUUUUGCAUACAGCUGCCCUACUACAAAAUUGCACCGGUGGAAUAAAGCCAGCACCAUCGGCAUGAGAAUCAAUUGAAGACCCAUACUGAAAAUUUAGCCAAUAAGUUCUAGGGGCCAGACUUUAAAUGCUGUUCGGAGCGAGUGUGUUUGGGUGUAUAUCUUUUGGGGGGGGUAAUUAUGUAUUCUUCGUGUAUGUAUCGUUAGUCACUUAAGUUGCCACAAUACUUACUAGGAAAUCGAAAGCUGAGAAAUGCAAUCUAAGCAAUGAAGCGGAAUUAAAAUAGGCUUUGCGUUAAUAUUUCUAUACAUUGUAAGGGAUAUGAAUAUGAAUAUUCUAAACGAUGACAUUUAAUUUUUAUAAAUAUUUUAAUAACCUAGAUUUCUCUAUUAAUUUCGAUGCUGUAUGCUAGCGUAUAGUCGUUUUUUAAAUGCUUAAGACUAUUCUCACAUAACCUGCAAAGCGAAAAGAAAAUUAAUCGUAACAUAAUCGCCAAUAAUUUAAUACUUUGUUAAGUUCAAAAUUUAUAAUGAGAAUAAAAGAAAACACAUCAGAAUGAAAAUAUACAACAGAUGCGAAACAAUUAA